AGUAGAACUAUUCUUCUCGACGAUCAUCAUCAAGAAAAUGGCCAUGGCCAGUCGUAGCACCGCUCUCCUCCUCCUCCUCGCGGCCGCUCUCCUGCUGGCCUCCUCCUGCCACGCAUCGCCAUCGCCACCGCACGCCAUCUCAGGCGGCGAGGGGAAGAAGAAGGCGGCGGACGUCGUGCCGGCGGAGACGGACCCGUCCAAGUGCGAGAUGAUGGUGCCGUGCAGCGAGGAGAAGUGCACCGAGCACUGCGUCCGCAUCGGGCUGGGCAACGCGAGGGGCUUCUGCUCCUUCCACGACCUGCACUUCGAGUGCUGCUGCCCCAUACCGCCGCCGCCCCGCCGCCUCUCCUCCUCCGGCCGCCGGACCGGCUCCGUUUAGCCAAAGCUAGCGGGCAGCUCUUCGUCGGUGCGUGUAAGAGAUGGAUCGCUCGUCCAUGUGUGUGUGCUUGCAAACGUGGUGUGGACAGAGAUCGGAGUGCACGUACGCGUCGAUCAGUAAUAAAGUUUGCUCUGGCCAUUUGGGACAGUACACAAUAUAUGUGUGUUGUAGUGUUUCCAAAACAAACAAAUAAUAAAACUUUGACUGUUCUUGAGCUAAAAAA